AUGCCAGCCAAUUUGCAUGAUGACAAGAGCAUACCGUUUGCAGACCAGUCUCCGUGUGUCCAGCGAGACAGCGAGCUCUCUGAUAAGUUUGUGCCCACGCUGUACAUGCGCGCAUAUGUCGACAAGCAGGGCAACCCUCCCAGCCAGCAGGACAUUGAGCUGAUCAUCGACCACCUAUCCUGGUGUAUCUCCGGAGACCCCCGAUCAGCCCAACAGAACGCCACCAUCGACAGCCAGACUCGUGGACACACCAGCGCUGCUGAGAUCAAGCAAGGUCGUCACCGCUACCUUGGGCGCCAGAUUCGUGCCGAGCGCAUUGAAACGUUUUGUGAGGCGGUAGAUCGAAAUCUGCUCCAACACAACCCUGACAGAGGCAGUAGCAAGUCGGUCGUGAACAAUCCCUUCAAGUAUUUUGGGGUCACCAGCCAUCCUCAUCGCCGCAUGAACCAGCAUGCUUCGCAAAAAUCUACCAACCGCAUCAUGACGCUAGUCACCAACGUCGGCAAAUAUUUGAAGUCUGAAGGAUCGAUGACACGCAGCUACGAAACCAAAAGCUACACAAUCUGCCAUAUGGCGGACGAAACGGAGUAUCGGCUGAGCGAGGAACUCUUCUGCCAAAUGGGUGGAGGAUACUAUUACACUGGCCGGGGCUUCAACAUCGCAAAAGCUGAUUCGGCAAGCUCUGGUGACUUGGGUGAAACCACUUUCUGCAAUGGCACCGAGCAAUGGGCAGCGCUUCCCAAUGAAAAGACCGCCACUGCGACUACUGACAUGAACCGUGAGCAUGACCAAGUACUACGUACGGUGAGCGACAAUGGCGACCGGCGGCUUGUCUAUGGCUCCGCAUACGCGGCGAUCGGACGGACAAUAUUGGACGAGUCUGAGAAGAUCAAGCGCGAGCUGGACGAGGAAGACGAAGUUCUUGUUGAGGCGUCGGUUGUGGUGUGA